AUGACGCUCUAUUACACUCUCGUCUUCAUGCUCCUUGUGACGGAGAUGGCAUUAUUCAUGCUGCUUGUCAUUCCCAUGCCAUUCGGUAUCCGCCGCAAGCUCUUCACCUUCAUCUCCGAGAACCCCAUAAUAGCGAGGUUGCAACAUGGCUUGAAGAUAACCUUCAUCUUCAUCCUCAUCCUCUUCAUCGACAGUGUCAACCGCGUCUACCGCGUGCAAGUUGAAUUGGCCGCUGCCACUGAUGGCAUCAAGGGCCAAGGUGCUGUCAUGGGCCACGAGCGCCUUGAAGUCCAAGCUCGCAAGUUCUACUCCCAGCGCAACAUGUACCUCUGCGGUUUCACCCUCUUUCUGUCCUUGAUUCUCAACCGCACCUACGUCAUGAUCAUCGAAACCCUUCGCCUUGAGGAGAAGCUCAAGCAAUACGAGGGUACCGACAAGAACACCAAGGAGAGUGCCAAGCUCGCUGCUGCCGGAGACGCCGGUGAGAUCUCCCGUCUCAAGAAGGAGCUCACCAAGAAAGACCGGGACAUUGAGACACUCAAGAAGCAGUCCGAGGGUCUGCAACGCGAGUACCACGACCUCACCGAGAAGUAUGGUGCCACGCAGCCCGCUGCUGGCACUCGCAAGGACAAAUAG